GCCUCACGCCUUCUUAGCAGCACACCUUGUGGGUCUGGAGUCCUCGGUCAGCGAGGUGCGCAGCCUGUUCCUCCGGAAUGUGGAGACGGCCGUCUCGGCCAUCUGCGUGAAGAAGGGCGAUGGUGAUGCUUUGUUGAGAGCUAUUGACCUGGGCCUCACCCGUGAAGCAGGGCCAGCGAGGCCCUAUGCUGCCGAAGUGCUGGAGGCUGCGCAGGACGUGAUCCGCCUCGGCUCCGGGGCGGAUGAAGAAAUGGCCGCCCACAGCAGCACAAACGAAUCCUAUGUGCAGGAGCUGCGUCGCAUAGGCAUGGCAUUUUCCAUGGCUUCACAGGAGGAAGACUUUUCCCUCGGUCGCUUGUUGGACGUGAAGUUCAACGAGAUUCAUGCCCGCCUAGACAAGCUCGAGGCUGCGAUUGACACGAAGGCCGACGACGUCAAGCUCCAAGGGGUGGACUUGGCUGUCCAAGGCCUUCAGGAACAAGCCGAGACAGCGAGCGGCCACGUUUCCAAGUUGGAGGAGGUUCUGAAGUCCAAGGCCAACGCCCAGGACGUGCCCACGGUGCCCCAGUUCCACUCCCUGGUGGAUGCGGUGCAGCAAAAGGCAGAGGUCACGGAGGUGCCCACCAACUCGCAGCUGGAGGCCGUCAAGAAGCUGCUGGACAUGAAGAUCGACUCGCCCGCUGUGGAGUCGAUUAAGGAGGCCCUCGAAGGUCAACUCCGGGCCCAUGCCACCGAGUUCCAAGCAAGCCGUGAGGCGGCUGCCACCGAGGCAAAGAAGCAUGUGCAGGAGUUGGACGACUUGCGUGUGGAGGUUGCGCGCAAGGCCGAAUCUUCGGCCGUGCCGACGCUUCAGCAGUUGGAGCUCCGCUUGGGGGAUAAGGCGGAUCUUUCAGCUGUUCCGACAUACGAGCAGAUGCAGGCCAUGCUCCAGAUCCUGGAGCUGAAAGCCGACUCCGCGAAAGUGCCGACUUUGAGCGACUUGAAGGCUCUGGAGGAAGUUGUCGCCGGCAAGGCAUCUACAAAUCAGGUUCCGACCCUUGCCAACUUCGAGUUUUUGCAGCAACAUCGGUCUCAGGUCGAGGCUGAGCUCCGUCGCUUGCAGGAGGAGCUUGCCCGCAAGGCGGACACCGGUGAUGUGGCCACUGCGCUGGAAGUGCAGCUCUUGAGCCGCAUGCUGCAGAACAAGGCUGAAAGCAAGGACACGCCAACCUUGUCUCAGUUUCAGAUUCUGACCACCAACUUGGACAACAAGGCCGACCGCUGGGAUGUGCCGAGCAUGUCCGAGUUCGUCGCUCUCAACAGCAGCACGGUCAAGAUGCUCGCAUUUGAGGAUCUGCAAAGGAUUGUGGAACAGAAGGCAGAUGCAGAGUCCGUCCACAGCCGCACAGAGCUUGGACGUCUUCUCGCAGAGGUGGCGAGCAAGGAAGAAUUCGAGAAGCUCAAGGAAGAAAUGAAGCGGAAAGCAGAUGCAAGUGAUGUGCCCACCAAUGAGAGCAUUCAGAUGUGGAAGAAGGAUGUUGCUUCCUGCGCCUCCAUCCGAGUCUUGAACCAGGCUCUGCACAUGAAGGCGAACUCGAACAUCGUGGCAACGAAGGAAGAGAUUCAGGCAUUGCAGCAGCUUUUGCUGAGCAAAGCCGAUAUCAGCUCCGUGCCGAACUGGAAGGACUUCCAUGCCCUCAACGACCGUGUUAUGAAGAAGGCAGACCGGGACAUGGUGCCGAGCACGGCACAGUUCCAGUCGCUGAACUCCACCGUGGCCAAGAUGAUGGACGGCGAUUCUGCGGAGCCGCUGUUGAAGCGCCGCCGAGGUGGCGCAGAAGAGGAGAAGGAAGAGGCCUCGAAGAUUCUGGCGACUUCUGCGAUGAUGCCCUUUGGGAUGCAGAGAAGUCACGUCUCCUCGGAAGUUCCGCCACCGGCACCGAAAGAAGCAGCUCCCGCAACUCCGGCACGCCGUGUUACCACGAAGAGCCCUGCCACACCCGGAGCUGCGCCUGCGCCUAUGUCGCCGCAAGUGCCCAAGACACCGACUUUGUCCGCAAAGCUUGACCAAGGUGUUGCCGCCCCUUCGACGCCGGGAGUUGGCAGCAAGCGAGCAGUGGCCACUCCUGCUCGAGCGGGCACGCCCGGUCGAGCGCGAAGCUUUUCCCCUCCUGCCGUCACCCCGGCACCCCUGGAACACAAGCCGCUUUUUUCGCCGACCAUUGCUGAACUCUUUGAGUCUUUCGAUGCGGACGUGGGCGAGGAAAAGACAAAGCCCGAGGGCCACACCACGAGGGCGCAGGCCUCCCCGCGGGCCCAGAGCUUGGAUUCCGUGCACUAUCCGAUCUUCGGCAACUCCUUGAUGGCGGAUCUCGACAUGGAGAAGAAGGACGAGAAGGCCAGCCGUUCCUGGCCAAAGUCACGCACACCGAAGGCUCUGGACGGAAAGCAUCAGCCGAAAGGUCGUGUACCAAAGGUCAAGGAGGGGCCGAAGAAAGGGCUGCAGAAGAUCUGGAACAAGACUCUCGGCAUCUGGGAGGAGCCUUGA